GUGAACAGGACAAGGGCCUUUCUUAAAUGAUAUUUCAUAUUUAUCGUUUUGAUGUGGUAUUUCUUUCUGGUUGAUCAGUUAAAUUGAGUUGUUGACUUCUAGCUUGGAAAGCGCUGACUCUGGGACCUCUUCCUUGUGUGUUGUUGAGCCUAAUGUUUUCAUCUCUCAUUGAAUGAGGCGUGUAGAAAACAUUUAAUCAGAUAUUAAAAUCCAGUAUACAGAAAAAAAUGCCUGAUGUUAUCCUUACUCCAAAGACAACAAAAGGUCUUGCCUGCGUUUGCAUACUAGCGUCGGAGAUCACUGAGCGGGUUGCAUUCUAUGCUUUCCUAGCGGGCCUGGGCGUCUUCUUAAACGGCGAACCAACACGAUGGACGGAAAUCAACGCCCUAAAUCUGACUUUAGUAUUCCUUGGGGUGUCAUACUCUACGGCGUUAUUUGGAAGUUUCUUGGCUGAUGUGUGCAUCGGGCGUUUUUGGGCAAUCUUCGUCGGUUUUGUGUUAUAUCUUGGUGGCUACAUAUGGUGGGUUUUUCUCGUAAAACUCAUAUUAAAACGAGAAAAAGCGGACACGUUCCCGGGGAUGUGUCAUCCUUCCACAGCGUCCAUCAAGCCGAUAAAUGCAGCUAUGCAUGUGCACCAUUCCGACAUAAAUGAUUACGGUCUCCACGUGGACUUCACAGACAUCAACGUCACAGCUGAGCGGUUAGGUAAAGGUGGCAUGCCUUCGUGGUCAACAGAAGUUUGCAGUUGGCCAAUAGUCCUGGUUGUCUGUUUAAUUGGAUUGGGAGCAGGAAUAGUUCGGACGAAUCUUGCCCCCUAUGGAGCUCUCCAGUGGACUAGAUGGAAGAGACAUAAUCAGAACCUCACAACGAACGCGAAUGAGGUGCUUCAUUUUGGACAUGAUCGCGAACAGCAACUACAACCUGCAGAGUCUGGCAUCGUGCGCGAGUUUUUCAGCUGGUUUUUUUGGGCUUCGAGCACAGGCUCUCUCGUCGCGAUCGGGGCUCUAACUUAUGUCGAGCUGAGGAUUGACUAUAUGCACAGUGCGGCACUGGCUGCUGUUGGGUGCCUUGCAAUGGCCUUUGUGUUUUUCGUUGUCGGUGGGCUGUGGUAUACUCCAAGUAAGACGAUAUCUCGAGACCCAUUCCUGGCUUGUUUGAGGGCGGCUUGUUGUUGGUGUUGUCGCCGGCGAGAGGGGUACCGGGAAAUUCAAAAUGAGAGCAUAGAGACAGUUUCGUGGCCAACCAAUGAGAAUGCACGAGAGCAGCUUGCAGAGGAGCAAAGGGAGCAACAACAGCAACAACAACAGGAAGCGGAAAGAGCGACAGAAAGCAGACGAUUCUGGUAUCUUGCCGCCAUUAGUCUCGUUUUGAUUCCGUAUUGGAUUAUUUAUCACCAAAUGCUGACCACUUUCCCUUUCCAAGCCGUGCACAUGAACAUAAUAGUCGAUGGAUUUUAUCUUCCCGUCCCCUGGAUGUACCUAACCGAGGCAGUCGUCAUUUUCAUCAUGAUCCCCCUGAUAUACGGUGUCAUCCUGCCACACAUGGAGUCCAGGCCCGAGCCCAGGACGAUCAGUAUGCGGACCCGGAUGGGCAUCGGUAUAGUAUUUGCCAUUCUCAGUAUCCUGGCGGCGGGGCUCUUGGAGAAAUAUCGAAGGGAGCGAUUCUGGGAGGCCGGGAUGAUACCAAUUGUUAUUCACAACAACACAUUUCAGGCGGCCAAAAUGACGGUAUUCUUGCAGGUUCCCCAAUAUUUUCUGAUGGGGGUAGGAGACGCUUUUUCCAACGUGGCCGGUCUGGAGUUGAUCUACUCCCAGACCCCAGAGAGCAUGCGUGGAAUUGCCAUUGGGAUCUUCUGGCUGUUCUCCGGGUUUGGUAGCUUCCUGGCAUGCGCUCUGACCGUCAUCGGUUAUAACCGUUGGUUCUUCGACUGGGAAGAUGGUUCCCCGAACUGCAAAAAGUGUAGGGUGGAAUAUUACUACUUCAUUCAGGCAGGAUUGGCGUUUGUUUGUUUGGUGCUGUUUUGGAUAUGCACAAGUUGUUGCAAAAUUGGUCUCAGUCACAUUAGGAGAGUGAGGCAACCAGCUCAGGGUAGGGUGGAGCACGGUGUUGCACCGGACAUCGCCCGCCUUUAGCUACAGCCAGGAACACGUGAGCUUAUAGCCAAUAGGAUUAUAUAGGUGCGGUGCAGCUCAGGUGCAUUGCAUUUAAAGUUCUUCUUCAACCGCUGGCUUGCUCCUUUUUAAUCCAUGUUCAAAUGAAAUUAUCUCUUUCGCUGUUUUUUUUCAUAUUCAUAAGCAAUUGUCACUUUUAUCUUGCGUGCAUGGCCUCAUAGGGCUGUAGCUAGAGGGGUGGGAGGGGGCGCGGGAUAAUUUCUUUUGAAAUGCGCCAAUCAGAACUACCGGUACCAUGUGCUCACUGCUUUCAAGAUUGCCAGUGAUCGGAACUGAGAACAUAGAGCAUUGGCAUCGGACAUGACAGUUUGUAAUGGAGGUUGGGAACAGCAAUUUAUCACAUGUAGAAAGAGGACGGACUUUGUGUAAAUUUCUAUCCUUAUAGAUACAUAUACAUGUACCGUAUAAGGAUCCGUGGUAAUUCACUGAUCUCAACCUCUCUCCAAUAAUUUGAAAAAGACAACGCAACUCGAUUUUACAUUUGCACAACGAUUAUCAUUCAAAUGGAAAGAUACAAGGACAUAAAAUGUCCUUGGUGUAUAAUACAUGAUACCAAACAGCAUAGCUGUCUACAACCUAGCGGGCUCUACUUUCAAUGCACAAUGACAUGUUUUUUUACAAAGAAAAAGGGAUUACUCAAAGAAGACUACUCAGGAUAAAACGUUUUAUCAUACCGUACAAUACUGCCUUUACACAGUUUACACUCAUAAAAUAUGCAACGCAUACACAUGUAUACAGUUUGGUAAAUUUCUAUAUUAGAUGCUUGGAACAGCAAGGCCAGCCAACGAUUUCGACUUAAAGCGACGCACCACCAAAACAAUCGUAACAAUUAGCAACACAAUGUCAACGAUGAGAAUGACAAGUGCAAAAAGUAAGG